AUGCCAGGCCAACGCAAGUAUCUCGUAUCGCCGACUGCAGUCCCUCCCGCUGGUCGGGCUACCUCCCCGACUUCUUCCCGUCAAGGCAAUGAUAACCCGUUCGGUUUCUCUCAGAGAAUCCCCCUAGUCUUCCCCAGUGUCGGCGCUCAGCCUUCUAUGGAAUCUUCCCUCGCCUACACCACACACCCGCAAGAGUCCGGCAUAUCUGCCAUCCAGCAUAUAAAUCCGCGCAUGGCCAUUAAUGGAAACGGCUCUAGAUUUCCCGCAAGCACUAGAGGAUACGGAGACGUGUCCUAUACCUCCAACAAUCAUCGCACAGACACGUAUCCGUAUGGAGGGAAUGAAGAGAUCAAAGGUCCCCCUCCAGUGGGCUUCAUGCCCGACACCCAGGCGUAUAUUGACCACCGCCAAGCUGCUUCCUACAUUUCGGCCAUCGAUGUUUCUCCUCCGCGUGUUGGAGCCGUCACUGAGCCUCAUUUAGAUGGAUCGCUCCCUCAAGACUCUCGUAUGAGCACCUGCCUGCUUCCCCGUGCACCUUUGAGGGGGCGCUCAGGACCACCCCACGCCACCGCCGUCAUCAAUACCACCCAACAGCGCGGCGGGCACACAGCUGAUGUCUCUCGGAGCCGUCCAUCUAUGACAAGGCCCGUGCCUGGAGGUGCCCCUUUCUCACCCGAUGUCAAUACUCGCCAUGAAUACCCUUCUGUUCCUCCCAUGUCUCGCCAAAUCGUUGAUUCCUACCAUGCCCCGCCUCCGACUCCGCCUACGACGUCAUUGUCGACAAUUUCUGCAUGUUCUUACCCGCAUCCGAAGUGCGAAUGGGCGGAUUGUGACGUCGGCCUGGACGAUAUCUCUACUGGAGGAAUGAGACGACACUUCUCCGCCUCCCAUCCAGAUGAAGCUGUCUCACAAUUCCGAGGGCAGGAGGGGAAAUGCAGAUGGACUCAAAGCAAUGGGUCCGAAUGUGGAAAGGUGCUCUUGCGUGCUAGCCUUGCGAAGCACUGCGCUACGGUGCAUCUGAGGAGUAUGGUCAAGAAUUGCCUCGUGUGCCACGAGCCGUUCUCGCGGCCUGACGCCGUAGCGCGUCACCUCGACACGGUGCACCGCCGCAAUGGCGAAAUGCCCUGA